AUGGAUGGGAUGCAUAGGAUACUGAUGGAGGUUCUAACAGCACCCCAAAGGGGCGGUGAAUCGUUGCUUGGGACUGUUAAGAUUGCUGUUUUACCAAUAGCAAAGGUUUUUACUAUGUGCUUUCUGGGGUUUCUCAUGGCCUCCAAAUAUGUUGACAUUCUGCCUGCCAACGGAAGGAAGCUCUUAAAUGGGCUGGUUUUCUCGCUUUUGCUUCCGUGUUUGAUAUUCUCUCAACUUGGACAAGCAAUUACUUUUGAGAACAUGAUUCGAUGGUGGUUUAUUCCUUUCAAUGUUGUUCUUGCAACCAUAUCAGGAUCCAUUAUAGGUCUUAUUGUUGCAUCGAUUGUCCGUCCUCCAUACCCAUUCUUCAAGUUUACAAUUAUACAUAUCGGUAUUGGAAAUAUUGGGAAUGUGCCACUUGUCUUGAUUGCUGCAUUAUGCCGGGAUAAAUCUAACCCUUUUGGGGACUCUGAUAAAUGUUCUCAAGAUGGAAAUGCCUACAUCGCAUUCGGCCAAUGGGUUGGUGCAAUUGUCCUAUACACCUAUGUAUUUAAUAUGCUUGCGCCUCCUCCUGAAGGCACGUUUGAUGUUGAAGAACGAAAUCUUCCCAUUAAGAAUCCUCCUAAAAGUAGCUGCAGUAACCCUGCAGAGGAUAGUUCCCCUGAGCAAAUUCCCCUGCUCACAGAAGAGGCUACAUCAACUAAUUCAAGUGUUUCAAAGAAGGAAAAGAUUAAAGAUUUUCUGAAAUUUCUUUAUGAAAAAUUGAAGCUCAAACAAAUCAUUCAACCUCCUAUUAUUGCUUCUAUCCUCGCUAUCUUUCUAGGAUGUGUUCCAUUUUUGAAGAAAUUAAUCUUCACAUCAGAUGCUCCGCUCUACUUCUUUACUGAUAGCUGCUUGAUUCUUGGGGACGCAAUGAUCCCAUGCAUAUUGUUGGCAUUAGGAGGCAACCUUGUAGAGGGACCGGGAAGUUCAAAACUCGGUGCACGGACAACAGCUGCCAUUGUGUUCGGGCGACUAGUUUUGGUUCCUCCAGUUGGUCUUGGCAUUGUCACAAUGGCUGAUAAGCUUGGCUUCCUGCCCCCGGACGAUAAAAUGUUCAGAUUUGUCCUCCUCCUCCAACACACAAUGCCCACAUCUGUGCUUUCUGGAGCCGUUGCCAGUCUUAGAGGAUGUGGGAGGGAUGCAGCUGCUGUAUUAUUCUGGGUUCAUAUCUUCGCUGUUUUUUCCAUGGCUGGAUGGAUUAUUCUCUAUCUCAACAUACUAUUCUGA